GUAGCGAUGCCUCGUAAUUCAUCAAAUGGGGCAGUAACACUAAGUAAUGGUUCGAGUGAUGGAGUGGUCAAAUCUGAUGAGGAUGAAACCAUGGAGCAAGCAAGAAAAUUGAAAAACAUAUGCGAUGAACUGAAAGCAGCAGGGUGCCCUCUGUUUGGUGGUAGAUUUUGUGAUGAAUUACCAGAACAUAUAAGGACAAAAGCUGACGAAUUAGAUACCUUCCUCAAUAAUUUAAUUGGUGGGUCAGCAACAGAUCCAUUCGAAAGUGGAACUCGUGAUGAGCUACGCAUAUUGAUGGCUCAGGGACAAACAGUUGAAACGUUCAAAAAGAAAAGCAUGUCUCUUUGUUCCAGCUGUUUCAAGCAUUCAAAUCAUGAAGGGCAUGAUUUUAAUAGGUUUUUUUCGCAUUCCGGUGGUGCUUGUGAUUGCGGAAACGUAGAUGUCUUAAAUGAAUCAGGAUUCUGUUUCCGACACGGGCCAAAUGCGCGUCGUCCACCUGUUCCUUCUUCUGAUAUUGUUUCGUUGGGAGAAUUUAUUAUUCCAAAGCUUUUUGUCAGGCUCUUUCUGUAUUUUCGAGGUUGGGUAAGUCAGCAGUUGGACACAACCAAGGAGUACAGGGUAUUGCGGAGCGGUGCUAGUAAAGAGAUUUUUGGACUUCAACUUGUUAGUCGGGCUCAUAUUUUGAUUGAGUUUAUUCAGGAGUUGAUUGACUAUGGUGGACCUAUCCGCGAUGUUCUUGUCAAAAAUUUGCUGGAUCGUCAGCUAUACAAAGAUCUUAACAAACAUAGUAAUGUGGAUCAUACGAAAAAUUCUGAUCGAGUACAUGAUCUCUCCUUAGACUGGCGAACUCGUCAUCUUCUUCUGGAAGAUAUCGAGUCUUUGAAGCCAGUUACGACUACUGAGUCGAGUGACAAUAAUACCUGUUAUGAACUAGAAUGUUUAUUAGACGAGUUGAUAUUUUGGAUGGUUCGAUUGAUAUUUCCUCAAGUCAUAGUCAAUUUGUGCUUAAGUUUGCUGUCGGAUGUCGAGUACAGGGAUAUUUUCGCACGACGUUUUUUCUCGUGGUAUUUAUGUAUAGCUGAGAUCAUAGUUGAAUUAUCAAGUCAGGAAGAUGACCACACUGUAUAUGGUGCUGGGAGUCGUAUCGUACAUAUUUCUGUGCAGAUCCUCUCUAGCGAAGCUCAAUGUAUCAUGUUGGAUAAUGAAAUUGACCUCAGAUAUAAAAUAAUUUCAAGUGCAUGUUGCGUUCUAAAAACUGGUGUUCAGAAGUCCACCAUAACUCAAGCGAAAGACUAUUUUUACGAAUGCUCACCACCUUCCACUGACGACGACAGACUAUUCAAAUGGCUUGUAUAUUCUGUAGAUGCAAAUCAACCAUUACGAAGAACAUCGUUCUGGACGUUCAUGAGUGAUUUGCAAAAUUUGCUGACUCAUGGAGAACUCGCUCGAAGGUUUUUGUUCGACUCAAGAUGUAUGCGGGGCUAUGUGGAUUUAAUUGCUCCUAUGCAAGGAAUGAAUCUGAACUAUCGAAUAAUUACCGGUGACCAUCUUGAAUAUGACAAUCAACCAUACCAGCUCGCUUUUCAUUUUGAAUGGGAGGUUUCUUCAAUAAAUAUGUUCAAUAUACUCUCAGCACUGACGACUGAGGUCGAUUACAUGAUCGUUUAUCUUCUGCAGUGGAAAGUUGCUUUAGAGAAAUGGUUCGAUGCAAUUGGCUUGACAGACCACGAUUUAUCUGUUCCACCAUAUUGUGUCAGCUAUCAUAUUCCUUUACAUAGGCAUUUAUCUGCUGGUAUUUUGCGAAGUAUCGAAUUGUCUCAGUUUUCUUCUUGCUUGAAUCAUCUUGCCAAAAAUGAAGAAUUUCUUCGCAAAGCUCUUUUGCAUCCUCUUAGAAUACAAGCAUGUCGUGCUGAAACAUCAGCUGGUAUGUGGGCAAGAAAUGGACAUGCAGCUAGGAAUCAAUCUUUUUAUUAUGCACAAACAACUUACAAUAUCGCAUUUAUGGAAUGUGAUUUAUCUUUGAUAAGAUUUGUUGCUUGCUUUAUUGAUACAGAGUGGUUAAUGGAAGCUAUCAUGAAAGCUUUUUAUCUAGACAAUUGUUUUGCUUUCUGUGGCUUCCUUUCUUAUGAUCAUAUUCUUAUUCCUUCUAAAGAACGAGUAAUUACUCGCAAAGAAUGGGUGGAUUUUCUUGUUGAUGGUGGUUUAAGAUUGCUUCUUGAUAUUGUGGUUGUGCGAUGGAAUACCUCGGGCAAUGAUACAGGUGAAUUAAAAAAAGAAAUUGUCGCCGCACUUGCAGUCAGUGAUUUAACAUAUUCAAAACUAAGAUCAUCAAUACCUGAUAAAGGAAAUCGGCCAUUUAUUGAUGAUAGAACAUUCGACGUUAUAUUGGGAAAGGUCGGUUUUUUUAAUCUCACUGAUGGCCACUAA